AUGGGUCACCGUAUUCAGGAGUGUCGAUCGUUCAAAUCGCUUUCCGUCGAUGGGCGCUGGAAAUGUGUGCAGUCCGGUGGGCUGUGUCGAAAUUGUCUGAACUCCCACGGAAAAAGAAGCUGUAGGAAAGUUAGUUUCUGCGGAACGAACGGUUGCCAGUUCCGUCAUCAUCCGCUCCUACAUUCGUCUCGCAGCAAUAACGAGACGACUUCACAGGCAGUUGUAAAUAUCGUGUCUAGAGUGAAUACCGCGGAAAACUACACGCUCCGUGUGGAUGAACGGUCGUUACUCUUUAAGAUUCUGCCAGUGACGUUGCACGGACCCAAAGGAAAGGUGGAAACCUUUGCAUUUCUGGAUGACGGGUCAACGCUAACCCUAGUCGAGGACAGUUUAGUCGAGCAACUAGGUGUUUGUGGAAUAAAGAAGCCGUUGUGUUUGCUGUGGACAGCGAAUAUAACAAGAGUGGAGAAAGACUCUAAACAGUUUUCGUUAGUUGUUUCAGCAGCUGGGGGAAGGAAGUAUUCAUUAGAGGAAGUGCAAACUGUGAAGGAGCUGUCCCUACCCAUACAAACACUGUCAUUCAGGCAUCUAACUGAGCGGUAUGCUUAUCUGAAGAGACUUCCAGUUACGAGUUAUACAAAUGCGGUCCCGAAGAUACUGAUAGGAGUCAACAAUUUGAGUUUGAUGGUCUCACUGAAGAUAAAGGAAGGACUUAAACGUGAACCAGUAGCUGUGAAAACUAGACUGGGCUGGUGCAUCUACGGAGGAGAGGGAGCCAAUGGUCAGCAAUCUUCAGUCAACUGCCAUGCUUGCGGCUGCGCAUCAGAUCAAGCUCUUCAUGAGUUGGUCAAGGAUUUUUUCACCAAGGAGGACGUCGGAAUGCAAAUAAUCACUCCGCUACUUUCGGACCAAGAAAAGCGCGCUUCUCGGAUACUGGAAGAAACGACAGUUCGUGUCGGUGCCCGGUAUGAAACUGGUCUUUUGUGGAAGCAUGACCACAUAGAGCUUCCCGAUAGCUACAACAUGGCUCUUCGACGACUUGAAUGCUUGGAACGAAAAAUGAGCCGUAAUCCAGAGUUGAAGCAAGCUUUACACAAACAAAUAGAGGAUUACCAACAGAAGGGUUAUGCACAUCGAGCAACCGUUAACGAGAUAGGCGGUGCAGAUUUGCGACGUGUCUGGUAUUUACCACUAGGAGUGGUAGUGAACCCACGGAAGCCGGGCAAGGUUCGGCUGAUUUGGGACACCAAAGCUACUCAUGAUGGAUUUGAGUUACGGAAUUGGCUGUCGAAUAGUAACCAAGUCUUGAUCGGUUUGGGAGAACCAUUGCCUCAACGCAAUAAGAAAUUUACACCAGAUAAGACGAGUGAGUAUGAUCGUGUCCUAGGAAUGCUGUGGUCAACUCACGAGGACGUCUUCAGUUUCUCAAUUGAGAUGAAGCCAGAAAUUGAAACGCUGAUCCGUAGCAAUGAGCGACCCACGAAAAGACAGAUGUUAAGGUGCUUGAUGUCUCUUUUCGAUCCGUUAGGUCUAUUAGGCCUUUUCUUAGUACAUGGCAAGAUCCUAUUACAAGAAGUGUGGAGAGCAGGAAUUCAAUGGGAUGAAAAAGUGAACGACGAUCUACAUAGAAGCAUACGUUAUAAGGAUCUUCAACUCCAUAUUUUCGUCGACGCAAGCGAGUCUGCGUACUGUGCCACGGCAUACUUUCGUACACUGAACUCUGCAGGUAUGCCUGAAAUUGUGUUGGUCGCGGCGAAGACUAAGGUAGCCCCCCUGAAGACGCAGUCUAUCCCACGCUUAGAGUUACAGGCCGCAGUUCUAGGGGCACGGCUGAUGCAGUUUGUCGAAGAAAACCACGCUGUGCCUAUCACGAAAAGGGUGCUGUGGACUGAUUCGGCCACGAAUCCGGCUGAUAUUGCGACCAAGUGGGGAAAAGGUCCCAACGUAGUUACAAAUAGCGUUUUGUUCACGGGUCCUGUAUUUCUACUGCUUACGGAAACGGAAUGGCCGAAGCAAGUGACUCUCUCGUCACCCACAGAAGAAGAGCUGCGUCCUUGCUAUUCUCACAAGUCAGUACCAUUUCCAACACGAAUCGUGGAGCUCGAACGCUUUUUGCAAUUAAAUAGAGCUAUCCGAGCCGUCGCUAACGUUUAUCGUUUCGACGAAAUCCUGAAGCAGCGUACCAGCGGUCAGAAACCAUCGGCAGGCCCGCUGACGUCUGAGGAACUACAGAAGGCUGAGCGCCACCUUAUUCGAGAGACACAGUGGCAAAGCUUUCCGGACGAGAUGGUGGUAUUGUCCCGCUACAAGCUAAUGCCGGUGGAUGAGCAGAUUUCUAUUGGAAAAAGCAGCAAUAUUUAUCAGUUAUGUCCAACCUUGGACGAAAACGGCAUUCUUCGCGUUGAUGGUAGGAUCGGAGAAGCUCCAAACUUGAAGAAUGAGGUAAAGUUCCCAGUGAUCCUCGCGAACAAGCAUCCGUUUACCGUUCUGUUAGUUGAUAGCUACCACCGAAGGUUCGGCAAGAAUCUUUUCGCCGAUGCUCUUCACCUAGAUAGGGGCGUUCCGAGCAUGGAUGUACCCAAGCUAACGGAAACGUUAACGAGGGCAUGCUUUACAACAAUGCCUAGAAAAUUGGAGCCAAAGCUAAAUCCGACGACGCAGCCGACUGACACCGUACGGCGUAUUAGAAGCCGAAAUCGCGGGAGAUAUGCAGGUCUCCAAAUCGUGCUUCUGUCAGUGGCGAAUGGUUUACAAGUGAAGAAAGCUGAUGACGAAAUGCCUGCAAGAAGGCUACUACCCAGACAGAUGAAGAAUCCACAAGAUGAUUCUGCCGCCCAAAUUAGGGAAACCACCAAUCGAUUCAUUAUCGUAUAG